ACUCAGUCAGAGAAGCUGUAACUUCUGAGCUGCGGAAACGUUACUGCUUGAGAGCACACAUGGAACUACAACUACAACUACCAGUACAUCACAGCUCUGGAAAUUGCAAAGUGGCCCAUUCCCAAGAACCUCACCACUCCACUGAGAAGCCUGUCAUCCACUGCCAUAAAUGUGAGGAGCCGUGUAAAGGCGAAGUGCUCCGUGUCCAGUCCAAGCACUUUCACAUCAAAUGCUUCACCUGCAAAGUGUGUGGCUGUGACCUGGCCCAAGGAGGUUUUUUCAUUAAGAACGGGGAAUACCUCUGCUCUGUGGAUUACCAGCGCAUGUAUGGAACCCGCUGCAAUGGCUGUGGGGAAUUCGUGGAAGGAGAAGUAGUGACAGCUCUGGGAAAAACCUACCAUCCGAACUGCUUUGCCUGCACUGUUUGCAAACGCCCGUUUCCACCAGGAGACCGGGUUACCUUCAAUGGAAGGGAUUGUCUCUGUCAAAUGUGUGCUCAGCCAAUGGCAUCCAGUCCAAAAGAGAUCUCCAGCUCAAGCAAUUGCGCUGGCUGUGGAAGAGAUAUAAAAAAUGGCCAAGCGCUACUAGCACUGGAUAAGCAGUGGCACCUGGGAUGCUUUAAGUGCAAGGCAUGUGGCAAGGUCCUGACUGGGGAAUACAUCAGCAAGGAUGGUGCCCCUUAUUGUGAAAAGGACUACCAGGUUCUCUUUGGAGUCAAAUGUGAAGCAUGUCACCAGUUCAUCACCGGGAAGGUCCUAGAGGCAGGUGACAAACAUUAUCAUCCGAGCUGUGCACGAUGCAGCAGAUGCAACCAAAUGUUCACGGAAGGAGAAGAAAUGUACCUGCAAGGUUCCACUGUAUGGCAUCCAGACUGUAAGCAGUCCGCUAAGGCAGAAGAUAAGCUCCGGCAUUCCUCAUCUGAUUUCUUUUAUCCAAAGAGUCUGGUUCUGCGCAGACCACGCUCUACAGAGCUGUUCUCACCGCCUUGCAUAAUGAACUCAAUCAAAAAACUAAGGCAGCCUACAAGGACAUCAUCUGAAAGUAUUUAUUCCAGACCAGGUUCCAGUAUUCCUGGCUCACCAGGACAUACUAUCUAUGCAAAAGUAGACAAUGAGAUCCUUGAUUACAAGGAUUUAGCAGCUAUUCCCAAAGUCAAGGCCAUUUAUGACAUUGAACGUCCAGACCUAAUUACUUAUGAGCCAUUCUACACUUCCGCCUACGAGGAGAGACAGGAGAGACAGAGUCUUGGAGAGUCUCCAAGGACACUGUCUCCCACCCCGUCUGCAGAAGGUUAUCAGGAUGUUCGGGAUCGCAUGAUUCACAGGUCAACCAGUCAGGGCUCUAUUAGUUCUCCAGUGUAUAGUCGACACAGCUACACUCCCACAAUGUCACGCUCCCCUCAGCAUUUCCACAGACCUGGCAAUGAGCCGUCCAGCGGUCGGAACUCCCCUGUCCCUUAUCGGCCAGACAGCCGCCCUCUAACUCCAACUUACGUUCAGGCCCCUAAACAUUUCCAUGUUCCAGAUCAAGGCAUCAACAUUUACAGGAAACCACCCAUCUAUAAACAACAUGAUGCAACUGCUUUGGCAGCACAGAGCAAGUCCUCCGAGGAUAUCAUCAAGUCCUCCAAGUUCCCAGCAGCCCAUGCUCCAGCACCCAACGAGAUACCAAAGAUUGAGACAGACCACUGGCCAGGUCCUCCCUCACUUGCGGCUGUAGGAGCCGACAUGAGACGCAGAUCAAGUGGCAGAGAGGAAGAAGAUGAAGAGCUCCAGAGACGUCGGCAGCUACAGGAGGAGCAGCUCAUGAAGCUUAACUCAGGUCUGGGGCAACUGAUAUUAAAAGAAGAAAUGGAAAAGGAGACUCGCGAUAGGCCACCUCUUUCAGCCAGUCGUUAUGAUUCUCCAAUUAAUUCAUCCUCACAAGCCUCGGCCUCUAAAACCUCCUCCCUCCCUGGCUAUGGAAGAAAUGGACUGCACAGGCCGGUGUCUACAGACUUUGGUCAGUACAAUAGUUAUGGGGAUGUGAGCGGUGAUGUUCGAGAUUUCCAGUCCCUCCCGGAUGGUCAUGUCCCCGGAAUGAGAAUGGACAGAGGAGUGUCUAUGCCUAACAUGUUGGAACCAAAGAUUUUUCCAUAUGAAAUGCUCAUGGUGACCAACAGAGGGCGAAAUAAAAUAUUACGGGAUGUAGACAGAACCCGGCUUGAGCGUCACUUAGCACCGGAAGUUUUUCAAGAAAUAUUUGGCAUGACAAUACAAGAGUUCGACAAGUUACCUCUUUGGAGACGCAACGACAUGAAGAAGAAAGCAAAACUCUUUUAAUUCACUCUACAUUUAUAGCCCUUUAAACAAAACAAAACAAAUUGCAUAAGAUAUUGUAUGAUAAAGUCCAUAUUCUCUUUGGAGAGCAACUUACUCAUCCACCAAAAAGGGAAAAUCUGACAAAGGCACCUGUAUUCAUAGCAAUUGGGCCAACAUGAACAUUUGCCAAUGGGGUAAAAAUUUCUAUGUUCAGAAACUUGAUGGCAAUUUUCACAUGUGUAAACUUUUUACAUGUCGUAUACAUGAUAGGAAGCGGUUCUUUUCUUCUCCCUCAAUAAUAUUCCCUUUAAUUUUUGUCCAGAAUAUGACGGACUUUAUUGCUAGAGCCAGGAAGUGCGCUUAGGAUGCCUAGUAGAAUGAAAGAAUUGUAAUCACUUCAAGAAAUGAAUAUAUAUACAUAUAUUCUGUAGUAUACCCAUAUGGUAAAAUUAAUCCUUUUUGCACACCAUUUCUUAACUGGCACUGUUUUAAAACAGCAUAUUCUUUCUGUUAUGAAAGAAUGAGGCAGGCAGUUUGCUCUGUUCUGCUGCAUACCAACCAAAUUAUUGGAAAACAAAUUCCCUGCUUGUACUUGUACUACAUAUAUGCUAGGAUAUCAAUAGUGAAUUGCUGUGUAUGUUUUCAGAUCUUCCCUCCUCCAUACUUUCUGCUUUAAUUAACAUGGCCUGGGCUUUACUAGUCCUUUAAGUAAAGGGAAUGGUGUAGGAGUGGCAGUUUUCUUGUUGUUUAGUCUGGGGAUUUAGGGAGGGUGGUGGGUGGAGGAAAUGAAAGGGUUAAAAGGAAAUUCUUCUCAAGUGUGCUCUGGUGCACACCCACAGACUUUGGGCCAAAUUCCCUGCUACUGCAAAAUGGCUCAGCUGCACGGAGUUGCACCAGCAGAGAAUUUUUUUCUGUGUGAGCAGACAUGCGAUUUAACCCCUCUUGGCAGGGGAAGGGAAGUUUCUAUGUGAAAUAGUCCUAUCUUGCACCAUGUUCUCCCAGUAUAGGCUCAUUGGUUACAUCAUUGUUGCAGACAUUGACGAUACUGCACAGUGUAUCAAGCUGAGCACUUCUUUAUUGUUUGUUGUUUGUUAACGUUUUCACUCAUGCUUUGAAAAGAGGGUUUGGAAUUUCUUUGAUGCUACAAAGAUGCACCCUUGGUAUUUUUUUUGUUUUGCUUUGUGUUUUUCCUUUGUGCCUGGCACGCUUUAUAGGGUGCAGGAAAUCAUGCAGGAUAGUUUUUUGAAUCGAGUUAUGCUUAUUAUUGUUUGCAAUCUUUUCCCACUGUGCUCCAGAGUGUGAAGAUUGCCUGUAUAUAACUUCACUGCUUGGAGGCCAGGUUGUGUUCACACAAGGACACGAGGAACACAUGACCUUCCCUGAAUGAAUGCUUAGCUGCUGAAAGGUCAGCGUCUUCUCUACAUUGGUGCUGAACUGCCAGUGUAUCCCUCUCUUUUAUGAGUGCGCUAGUCUACAGAGGGAUGUCAAGAUUUUCCUUUUAGAUUUGAUAGUCCUCAUGGGAGACACCAGAGCCUUUUGUGUUUUCCAUUACUGAGGACUAACACAUAGACAUCAGGAGGAGGAGGUGGUUAGGUCUGUUAGGUCGUGUAGCAGAUUUGAGAUUCUGGAUCUUUGCCUUGAGUUCUGCACUUCUGCUCCAGUAGGACUGCAUGCUGUCCUAUAAAUAAUCUUCUCAAUGUGAAGAAUUAACCAAAUCCUGCUUUCUGGUUGCAGUCCCAGAGAGGCGUGAUCCAACAGAACCAGUGCUGUUCCACUGAAGAGAUCUGGGCAGAGGGUUUAGUAUUUGGGGGACCCGUCUAGGGGGUCCAUACCGCCUGCAUGCUAAAGAGCACAGCCAGGAGAAAGGGAUAGUGCAGACCAGGGGAUGAGCUGGUGGAGGUGCUACCAUGCAGCGCCAUCAGCCAUUACCCCUAUGGAACAAGAGCACAGAAGUUCUCAGUGACCAGCAUAACACUGGUCCAAAUGAAUCCCUGGGAGUAAUUCCAGUGACUUCAGUGGGGUUACAGCAAGGAUCAGUUCAGCAUGUUGUUUUAUUUCAUGUUCCAGUACAAGCAUAAUAAACAUUUCCAGAUUACUAUUGACAAGUAAAUGAGAGUGGAAUAGCUGAAAUGAGAUGCAAAUCCGGGUUACCAAUGAAACCAAACACAGCAUACUGAAGAGGCAAACAUCUUAUGAUUGGGGAAUUUGGUAGGGUUGGAACUUACUGAAAUUUGCUGUUUAUUUCUUGCAGAUUAUGCCUCAAUUUCAAGCUGGAUAUUUUGGGUAUCAGUUUUUAAACAAAUUUCUGAAAUUGUUUAGGCCCCAACCCUGCAGAUGACUCCACACAAACAUAGUGUGACAGACACUGGUGAGCAGUGAUUUGGAGGGUCGGCCUUAGUCUUUUUCCCAGUUCUAAUUUUCAGUUCAGAGGAUGUUCUCCUGCAUAGCACAGGAAAAGCUGCAAGCUUGCAGACCACAUUGUUCCCUCCAUCUGUAGAUUUAUUAUCAAACAUCUCCACAGCCGACGAGGGAACAUUAUCCAACGGAAAAGUUGAAAAACAGCAAAGUUUGAAUUUCAAAAUAUCUGAUCUGGUUAUUUUCAGUGCUUUAUUUUCAAAAACCCAAGCUAUGAAAAAUGACUGCAGAUUAGAUUGUAUCUAUUUCUAACCAGUUCCGACCUAUCGUCACUAUCCCUGCUUAGAAAGAAAAGAAAGAGAAGCCAAUUUAGAUGCCCCCGACAUCUUAGUCUGCACACGUCUUCAGGAUUUUGCUAUGUAGAAGCUGGUGUCAUUGUCCUUUACAAUCAUAGGUUUCUCCAUUACUAAGAAAUACAUGAGGACAUUCAGGAAAGUUAAGAUGACUCAAAUAAAUGUGUGAAGUUAAAGCACAUUAAUUACAAAGGAUUACACCCCUGUGUAAAUGCUGUCAUUCACAGGCCCGGCUCUAGGCACCAGCGAAGGAAGCAGGUGCUUGGGGUGGCCAAUAGAAAGCGGCGGCACGUCUGGGUCUUCGGCGGCAAUUCGGCGGCAGGUCCCUCAGUCCCUAUCUUCCUCGGUGAGCUGCCACCAAAGAGGAAGAGAGGGAGUGAAGGACCCGCCACCGAAUUGCCGCCAAAGAAUGAAGCGGCGCAAUUAAGCUGCUGCCGAAGUGCUGCCGAUUGGCUUCUUUUUUUUUUUUUUCCUUUGCCGCUUGGGGCUGCAAAAAAGCUGGAGCCGGCCCUGGUCAUUCAGGACAAAAGUGAUGUUAGUUCACUGUAGCAAAUUCUCUGCUACUGUGAACUAAUGCUGCUUUACCUCACAACUUCAGUUAUUUCGUCUUAACUUUCCUGAGUGUCCCCAUAUACACAAACCUUAGGAGAUCCCAUGUCUUUAAGGCUCACUGCUGCAGCCCUGGGGCCUGUUUUCUCCAGUGAGCAGCUAGUAAUUCUCACCACAAGUUUUUCUACCUUCCCAUCAGCCUGAGAAGGCAAGUAGCAGCCUCAUAAACAGAGACAUAGCCCCAGGGAGAGGCUCCUUAGUCAGUUUGUGAAUCAUUUCCUAGCACCACUCCCAUAUUCUGUUUUUUGGGGCAUAUCUUCAAGAUGUAGGUAAAUUCCCCCUCCUUCUUCAAUGUUCCCUGAAGAUAUGGUGCUGUUCAUGUAGGUUCCCAUUUGCAGAUACAAAUGCAUAUUUGGAGCACGCUGUUACCUGAUUGCUGAUGUGUGCGCAUGUUCUGAGUGUACUGGUGCGUUGCCAUGAUUGGCCUGGGUGUAAAUCCGUGCAGAAUUUGGCCAUAGGCACUUCUUUUUGAAAAUGCCGCCCAUUACUUAUUGCCUUUCAUUCAGGUCUGCAGCACCCAUACCAGCAGUGAUGAGAUUGCUAAGGAAUGCUGGGUGUAGCUUAGCAAUAUUCGUCCGUGUAGUUGGGAUCAAGUAAUUUGACUUACCGUUUUUGUCCCCUCUCCUGUCAACUAAGGGCUGGUCUACACUGGGGGGGAGGAGGAUCGAUCCAAGAUACGCAACUUCAGCUGCACGAAUAGCGUAGGUGAAGUUGAAAUAUCUUGGAUCAAAUUACCUGGGGCCCAGACGGCGCGGGAUCGUCGGCCGCGGCUCCCCCGUCGACUGCGCUGCCGCCACUCGCUCUGAUGGAGUUCCGGAGUAGAUGGUGAGCGUGUUCGGGGAUCGAUAUAUCGCGUCUUAACGAGACGCGAUAUAUCGAUCCCGGAUAAAUCGAUUGCUACCUGCCGAUACGGCGGGUAGUGAAGACGUACCCUAAGAGACAGAAAAAAGACAUGAGAAUUUUUAUAUAAACUAGAAAGAAGGAAGACUUGGCCAGUCCAAUGUCCUUGCACUAUAUUGUAAGUGAACUCAUUUAAGGCUUGAAAAUCGGAAUGAUAGUGCAUUUAUCUUAAUACGUGCAUUGUGUCUUCUCUGCAGAUUAAGCCAGUAGCUGGAAGGAUAGAUUUGGAAGUUUUUAGACUUGUCUAACACUUUCAGCUUCCCAGUGAAACAUGAAACCAUUUUUUUUCCUUUCAAAACUUCUUUGAGGAGCUUCAUUAUAUUAUUUUGUCUUCCUUAAUGGAUAACUUCAUGCUGCUGUUAUUUAAAACAGAUUGGAGCGCUGUUAAGAGUUUGAAAAGAUUGUCUAACAACAAUGCACAUUUGUUCUCAGUUUCUGGUUAGUAACUGCUCCUUAAAUUUGCUUUGUGGUGACCUGUAAACUCAGAUCAGCUGCCGUAUGUGGUGAAAAGAGUCAGGCUGGAAAAGUGAUGAGAGGGUUAUUGGUCUUACAAGAUGCAAGACUUAAUUUUGUGAUUCUGAUAACUUCCUGGUGUUUCCUGUCACUGAACUGUCUUUUCUUUGACAUUUGCCUAUUUUAAAGUUUGACUUACUCUGAUCCUGAAGGUUUUGCCAUCCUUUCCCCAUUCAGAGGCACACCUUGGAAAGUCUUCUUCGCCCAGAUGGUCCAAAAGUCCUAUCAUCUGGGGAGAGUCACUAAGUCUCUUUGGAAAGAUUUGUUAAGCUUGAAUUAGCCACCAGCCUUUGAAGCCAAAUCCCUUUGAUAAGUAGUUGCCUCUCUCGAGAUGUUUAUGCUGUGGCCAGUUUUAAAAUUCAAAUGAAUCUUUACAAAGAGAGAAUUCUUUUGUUCUGUUAUAAAUAUGGCAGGGAUGCCUUGAGGCGGGGAGUGGGUCUGGCUCAGGUAGGGUCCUCCAGGGCUCCUCAGAGGUGAGUUUAAAGUACUCAAGAGGAAAUAAUUGCAGAUCAGUCAAGUGCUGCUCACUCUCAAAGCCUCUUGAAGUCACUGGAGUCAUGGACACAUGUAAAUCCGGAGUAACAGGUGUAAAUCAGGAGUAAGUCUACUGAAGUCAAUGGAAAUAAGCUGGUGUAAAAGGUGACCACAGAAUCAGCCCACAGAAAGAGAAGAGCGCACUCAGCACUGCCAAUGCUGUAUCCCAAAGACCUAAUACUGAGCGGGCCUGAGCACCUAUAGCCCCUAUCGACUUCAAUGGAAGUUGGGAGAACACAGCCCUUGGAAGGGCUGGAUCUUGAGAUGGAGGAGUUAUGUAAUGAAUGAAAAACCUCUUUCUCUCCAUCCCUUUCCCCUCUUCGAUAUCUAUUCACACCCUUUCAGGAGUCAAUGUAUGGGGAGGGGCGGUUUGGUUUUUGUUUUGCUAUGACACACUCCACAUGUUGGACGCUAUUUUAUAUCCACUGAAAAGAACAGUCACAAGAAGAUUCACCACCCACCCCAUUGGAGGGAACAAGCAAAGUACCCAACCAGUCCUGGAGCCAUGGUCAUCUCUGUCCACUGCACACACUUGGGUCUUGAUUCUGCAGUCAGCGCUCACUUGAGCAGCCCCAGUGCCACUGCACUGUUUCCCCCACUCAGACUUCGUGGGACUGUUCAGGCAAACAAGGGCAGCAGGAUUCUUAGUGCAGACACAUACCGGGGAGGGCUGUUUAGACCUGGGGUAUGGUCUUACGCUACUGCAAUGUAAUGAGGAGCAUAGAAAGUGCUACUGAGCUCUGUGAUGAGAGAACAAUGUGCCUUUCUCCUUUGGUAUGAAAACACCGCCAGUGGUUGGAUACAAGACCCACAGUGGGUGGCAGCUGGUGUGGAUUUUGUCUUGUGAUUCCCUCCCCCAUCUUUUGUGUCCCAUUUAAAUGAUAAGAAGACUAGUGUCGUGCACAGAUUUGGACGUUCCAGUUGAAGGCCCCCCUUGUCAGGCAUCAUCUCUGACGCCAAUAAGCAUAUUCAUUUACAUGUAAGCUCCAGUUCAGGAAGUGGGGGGGGGGGGGAAAUAAUUGGCCAUCAGUGUUGUUUCCAUGAAUUACUUCAUUUCCCAAAGGGCUUCUAACAAAGAAAUGCAUUUAUGUUAAUUACUUCCUCAAAAUGUUCAUCCAUAGGAGAGAAUAUUGAUCCUGCAUGCUUUGUGAUUGUUGUUUUCUGAGAUGAAGCAGCCCUUACGUUUUGCUCUGGAGGCAAAUAGGUGUUUCAGCUGCACAAUCUUGCAGAAUGUUCAUGGUUCGUGUAUCAAACACCGCACUUUGGGCCAGAUUUUCAAAUGUAUUUAGGUGCCUAAUUCCUAAAGACGCAGAGAGGAACUG